AUGUCAUCUGAAAGUUCAUUGCGCGCGAAAUUAUUACAAAAGACUCCAGUUUUUGGUCUGAGACUUUGGGUCAUCAUUGGCAUCGGCGUUGGUGUCUUGAUCGUCUUCAUUCUAUCUAUCUUAUUCAUAUGGAUGACAUCGAAGAGGAAGACAAGGACUUUUAAUGACUUACCAAUCUCACAAAUACCAAAUAUCUCAAAGGAAAUCACAGUUGACAGAGUUGGUAAUCAGUGCGUUGCACAAACUCUUCAGGACAGGGAAGGUCCUUUCUUCCUCCCGCGGGACAAAAUCACUGGUAUGGAUUUGGGAAAGACACUUGCACAAUUGACCAUGAGCAAGUCGAGUGAUGCUGAUAACAUGAGUCAGAUGAGCUUAAUAGACCACCAUGACAGAGCAGGGAGUUCACAUUCAGGUGAUGAAGGAAUCUCAGGGCCCACUAGAAAAACGUAUUCUAGAUAUGCACUUGUUUCUGCAUCUCCUUUGGCUGGACUACCAGAGUCCUCACAUCUAGGGUGGGGUCACUGGUUUACUCUAAGGGAUCUUGAGCUCGCUACAAAUCGUUUCUCCAAAGAGAGUGUUCUUGGGGAGGGAGGAUAUGGAGUUGUUUAUCGGGGCCGUUUAAUAAAUGGAACUCAGGUUGCUGUCAAGAAACUUCUAAACAAUCUGGGACAGGCAGACAAGGAGUUCAGAGUGGAAGUGGAAGCCAUUGGUCAUGUUCGACACAAGAAUCUAGCGAGGCUUUUGGGAUAUUGUAUUGAAGGAAUUCAUAGGAUGCUUGUGUACGAGUAUGUCAAUAACGGCAAUUUAGAGCAGUGGUUACAUGGAGCCAUGCGUCGACAUGGUGUACUCAAUUGGGCGAAUCGCAUGAAGAUUAUCCUUGGCACGGCUAAGGCGCUUGCAUAUCUACAUGAAGCUAUUGAACCAAAAGUUGUGCAUCGAGAUAUUAAAUCAAGCAAUAUCUUGAUUGAUGGUGAAUGUAACGGGAAGAUAUCUGAUUUUGGAUUGGCUAAGUUCUUGGGUUCGGAUAAAAGCCAUGUUGCAACUAGAGUAAUGGGAACAUUUGGGUAA